AUGUGGAUUGGUAAGUCAAGUAAAAUAUUUUAUUAGUGUCAUAAAGCCUUAAAAUUUAGUAUACGUCAUCGAACGAUGUAAUACGUUGUCUGUAAAGUGCAUGGAAACCGGUUUCUGGCCGACUUGUGGAAAUGGCAUUCUUUUUUGCAUUAAAUCAUUCGGGAGUAAGUCGAUCGAUUCGUGCGGGUGUUCCUUUUCCUUAUCUUGGUCGCUAAAGUAUCGUUUGCAUCAACAGCUACAGCUCGUCAUUGUCUUGCUCUACCGUAAGUUUGUGUUGAUGCAAUGUUGUUGUGGUAGGAGAUACUUAGUAGGUAUACUUUGUUGCUACAACUCUUUUAUUUGAUGUUGAUAACAUUGAUGUAACAAUAUGUUUGUAACUUUUUCUUAAUAUUAUUGCUGUAGAUCUGAAUAUACCGUACCUAUGGGCGAUUGUAGAAGUGCUGUAAGUCGUCGUCGGAGUUCUACUGCGAUAUCAUCUUCAUCACGCUAUCAGCUACAGCCUUUUUUCGACACAUACGACUGUUUUGGAGAAUGGUAUGAAGUACAACACGAUACUCUAAAAGAAGUAUCUCCAGAGAGAAAGAAACAAAGAUUGCAACAGGACGAGGUAGGUUACUGUACAUUAGGUAUUGUAAUUUGCAACUGUAUGUUUUAUGGCAUAUCUAUUUACUUUAUAAAAUUAUUGCCACUUUCAGCCCGAUAUAUUCAGUGAACGGAUUCAGAAGCGUUUGGAACGAUGUAUCCGAUCGACCAUUGACAGUGUUCCAGAAUCCGCGCAACUCGAAGUUGCUGAGACUCCUUCCGAACUGCCGCAACCUUGCUUCACUCGACUUCAGAAGAGUGGCGACACAAAGACACUUCUGGAUCUGAAAGUGCGUGGAGUUGCUGUAGAUAUGGCAUUUGUGCAUUCUGACGGAAUCAUCGAGACUCUCGAAGGCAAAAAGGUAUUUUAAUGUUUAUAUAGUACUGUUGUAUAUAUUAAGGUGGUACUAUUGUAAUGUUGAAGUACUGUAAUAUGUGUAUGAACAUCUAUUGUAACUUUUCUGUAUGUGAUGGUAAUCCUACUUUCAGAUUGGAGUAAACCGUGCUCUGGUAAGCACGUUCAGUCAGAUGCUUCGCCGUGCCUUCUACGGUCACAGUCUUGAGGCCACGGAAGGUCACGUUGUCCUACUACGACAUACUCAUCGCACGUUGGUCGCUUUUCUGGCGUCGAUUAUGCAUCGUUGCAAGGACGGCGACUUCAAGAAGGGAUGGUUCCGUCGCGAGCUGGACUUGGCCUUGGACAUGUUUGACUUGGCCGUGUUCUUGCAAGCUCCCAAAAUCAUCAACGUCAUCGCCAGGAACUUGGUCGACAGCGCGUGUCCACUAACUUACGUACUGGUUGCUCAUCGGAUUGGUAAGUUUCAAAUGGGAAUUUAUAUUUUUUAUGAAAAAUGGCAAUUUUUAAAGAUUUUACAAUGACUAUUCACACAGAAUAUAAUAGUAAAAUUAUUAUAUUGUCUAUUGAACUAUAUGAGUAUCAUAUUUUAGGUAAACAACACAAGGAAGCGUACGAAAUUCUGUGGAAGAAGGUCGAAGCUUUUACCUAUCAGAUCAUCAAGAACAACACUUACCGGUUGUUGAAUCCGCCAGAGUUUCAGCGACUUCUGAAAGGUCGGCCGAACAUCUCGAAGCAUGAAGAAGUAGAAGCUCUGAAGGGCUGGUGUCGCCACAAGAAGAAGGAGAGGGGUCUGGUUGAGUCUUCUCAGAUGCUGGUUGAUAUGAACACGGUAAGUACGAACUGUGUGUUGUUGAUGAUGUUUUCGAAUUUGAUAUCAACAUUGUUCUUCUUUUUCAUUUUUUAAAGUUUUGCUUUGCUCCUUUUUAUGUAAUAGAAGCUUACUGUAUUGUAACAUCAAUCUUUGCAGGAAGUCUCAGACUCUUUGAGUUCCUCGACGAGUCUGGGCUCGAACCUGGACGAUCUGACUGACUCUACUGGUGCUCCGUUCUUCACUCAGCCCCAGAAUCGAGUACCGUACUCUGUCUUGGCCGUGCUGGGUGGAUGGGCGGCCGAAGGUCCUACAUCUCAAGCUGAAGUCUUCGAUUCGUAUGAAGAGCGAUGGCUGGAGCCGGCUGAUCACCUUCUCGGCCUUCCGACGCCACGAUCUUAUCAUGAAGUCGUUCCCGACGAUGCUCGCAAGAAAUUGUACGUCAUCGGAGGAUUCGACGGAGAGAAUUACUACGAAGGGUCUUGUGUAUACGACUUGGGCAGGAAGGUGAGGGUUUUAGGUUUGCAGUUAUUGGAGCUACCUUCAAUAACUACAGUAGUUACGGAAUGAUCGUUGAGAGUUGCUUACAUUAUUUAACUGAACAAGACGAAAUAUUGUAAUUGAAUUUAUGCAAACUUCAGAAAUGGGAGGACAAUUCCCACGCCUUCAUGAACGAGAAGCGAUGCUACGUGAGUGCUUGUCGUCUUGAUCAGAAUCACAUUAUCGCUGUCGGUGGCUACAACAACAGAACUCGACUUCAUUCUACAGAGAUUCUGAAUACGGAAAUGAAUCUGUGGUCGCCAGGUGCUCGCAUGAACUUUAUUAGGUAUGAGUAACUUGCUGUCUUAAGCUUGAUUUAUAUUUAUAUAAUAAUACUGUUCAAAACAUAUACUAGUAAGGGUCAAGAAUAACUAAAGGCAUUGUAUAAUUGGUAUAUUAUCUAAAAACUUAAGUUUCGAUUUGCAGAAGCGACUGUCACGUAGCACUGCACAGUGAUAAAGUCUACGCGAUUGGAGGCUUCGACGGACACAGUUGUCAUCAGACGGUGGAGUGGUACGAUUCUGAAGCCAACAAGUGGAGCAAUCUCGGCCGAAAGAUGAAAAUGAAGAGAAGCGGGGUCUGUGGCAUCAGUACCCACGGAAUUCUGAUUGCCGUGGGCGGAUUCACUGGUCGGAUUCGUCUAUCGACUGCUGAGUACGUGGAUCCACGUGAAGGCGUCUGGCACAACCUGCCGCCCAUGAACAGUUCUAGGUAUGUGUGCUUAUUUUACUAUAACAAUGACCUUAAUACUGCACCAAAGCUAUGUUUACUGCACUAAAGUACUGUACUAGUCGUAAAUUGAAAUAUUUAGAUCAAACUUUGGCAUCUCCGAACUCCGUGACCAGAUCUACGUAGCUGGUGGCUACGAUGGCAAUGGCACAACCACUCGAUGUGAGCGAUUCGAUCUGCGAGCGUGCAAGUGGACCGAACUUCCCGAGCUGACUGUUCGUCGUUCCGCACUGUCAAUGUGCUACCUCGAAGGAGAUUGUGUAUGCACUGAAAUGGUACAAGGCCGUACGCGAACAUAA